UAUAUAGGGGGCCCGCAGCCGCAGACCGGGCAGUGACGAGCAGCCGCUAGCAGCAGUCAGCACAAGCCACAACACACUCACCACUCCAGCCGGCGCGAUGAGGCCCAUGAUUACGGCAGUGCUUAUCGCGCUCGUGUGCGUGACUUCCUCGAGCUCCUCCCAGGCGGUUCAGCGUCGUGAGGCGGCUCUCGACAGCUACAGCUCCGGAGGUGGCGGUGACUACAGCGGCGGCUCCUACGGCGGAGGCGGCGGCGGUGGCGACGGCGGUGACUACGGCGGCGGCGCCAGCGGCGGUGGCGGCGACUACGGUGGCGCAGUCUCUGCUGCGUACAGCGGGGGCGGCGGCGGUGGUUUCACACCCAGUGCCAGCUUCGGCGGGGGCGGCGACAGCUACAGCGGAGCCGCUGCCGCCGGGGGUCAAGGCGCGUACAUCGGCGGCGGUGAUGUCGGCGGGUACGGAGGUGGAGAUCUGGGCGGUGGAGACCACGCGGCACUCGGAGGCGGCGGCUACGGCGGCGGUGCCAUCGGCGGAGGCGACAUCGGGGGCGGCGGCUACGGAGGAGGCGGUUUCGGAGGCGGAUACGGUGGAGGCGGCUACGGCGGCGGCGCUGCCGGUUUCGUAGCCGAGCCGCAAGUGAAGACGGAGCUGAGGCCCUACCAGGUGCCUGUGGUGAAGAUCAUCCGAGUACCCGUGGCCAAGCCGAUCCCGGUAGCCGUGCCGAAGCCAGUGGGCGUGAACGUGCCGCAGCCGGUGCCCGUGCACGUGAAGGUGCCGGUGGAGGUGAAGGUGCCGGUGACGCGCGUCUCCCGCGUGGAGGUCGAGAAGCCCAUCCCGGUACCCAUCGAGAAGCACGUGCCGCACUACAUCGACAAGCCGUACCCCAUCACCGUCAUCAGGCACGUGCCCGUGCACGUGCCGCAGCCGUUCCCCGUGCACGUGCCCGUCUACAAGCACGUCUACCACGUGCCCAAUCGGCCGCGGCUGGCCCGUGCUCUCGCCGGCUGUCCCGUCGCCGCGCCCGGUCCCCACCUGCCGGACGCAGGGUGGGGGCGCUACUCGCCGCACGCCGCCUCUGCCUGCUCGCCGGUGAAAGGAGCCGCCGGGCCGCCUAUAAUAGGCCAGCGCCGGCCAUCGGACCAUCAGUCGCCCACUGUAGCUCUCCUCUGCAGCCCACAGCAUCGUUUCAGCGCCACGAUGGCCCUCCACAUGAUUUGCUUGGCGUUACUGGUGGCGAGCGUGCACUGCUACCCGGCAGCGCCCAAUGAGCGCAAGGUGGAGAAGCGAGGCGUCGACGGCGGCGUCGGGGGCGGCGGCCUUGAAGGCCACGGAGGUGGCUACGGAGGCGGCGGCUAUGGCGGCGGCGUCGGAGGCGGCUACGGUGGAGGCUAUGGGGGCGGCUACGGCGGCGGCGACGACGGCGGGCACGACGCCGGCAGCUACGAGCCAAUUCAUGAGCACGUGAACGUCUUCCACAAGAGCAUCGAGCCACCCAAGGUCAAGGUGCUCAAGAUCCCGGUGCCGCACCACAUUCCGGUGCCGGUCCCACACCCCGUGGCCGUCCACGUGCCGCACCCGUACCCCGUGUACACGCGGCACGCCGAGCGCGUCGAGGUGCCCGUCAUCAAGACGAUCCACGUGCCCGUCGAGAAGCCGUACCACGUGACGGUCGAGAAGAAGGUUCCGUACCCGGUGGAGAAGCCGUACCACGUAACCGUGGAGAAGCCGAUCGCCGUGCCGGUGCCGAAGCCGUACCCCGUGCACGUGCCCGUCUACAAGCACGUCUACCACCAGAUCAAGGCCCACGGAUGGCACUGACCGCUGACGCCACCUGCCGCUGCCGCCCACAUAGUCGCUGACUGUCAUAUGUACAUUACACUCGCUCUCUCACCUCCAAACGGACCUCGCGUCCCAUCAUCCUUCGUUGUUUUUUUUAUAGUCUUUGUUAUGUUUGUACUUUUUGUUGCCCUUUUGUAAUAAAAUGAGUUACGCUUA